AUGUGCUCUUGCAGCGUAGCUGCAGUGUCUCCAUCGGCUACUGGGCCGUUCUCUGAAACGCGUUCAAUAGGCCCGCCGCAUCCCAGUGCAAAGCUCAAGUUACUGGAAAUAAAAGGUUCCUCUACGGGUUGGUUUGGCACAGUUGAGCUCACAUUCGAAUACUUUGGAGCAUGGCCCUUAGGGCUCAAAGAUUUGGAGGUGACUCCAGUAAUGGAUGGCGAUUUUUGUGAAAAAGCAGCUUUUAAUCAAAGCGUACCUCUGCCCAACUAUGCUCAAGGUUCCCUUGGCACUGUAGUCGCUCGGGUAGAUGCCGACGCCAUGUAUCGUAGAUGUCACUAUCUUUACUAUGCGAAGGAAGUCAAGAGUAAACAAUGCCGAACUCGAUCAUUUCCUACAGCCAAAGACUCGCAAUCGAUAUUGUUGAGUGAGUUGCGACACAACCAAUUCUCCUUUACUGUAUCAGAUUAG